AUGGCAGGAACGGAUGUUCUUUGCAGUGAUAAAACUAGAACUCUCACUUUGAAUAAACUUAGUGUUGAUAGAAACUUGAUUAAAGUGUUUUCUAGGGGAAUGGAUAAGGAUAUGGUGAUACUCUUAGCAGCAAGAGCUUCUAGGAUAGAAAAUCAGGAUGUUAUAGAUGCUGCUAUUGUUCGAAUGUUGUCUGAUCCACAAGAGGCUAGAGCAAGUAUCAAUGAGGUCCAUUUUCUGCCAUUCAAUCCCGCUGAUAAGAGGACUGCCCUUAUCUAUGUUGAUACCGAAGGAAAUUGGCAUAGAGCAAGCAAGGGGGCUCCUGAGCAGAUAUUGGAUCUUUGCAACUGUAAAGAAAACGUGAGUCGAAGCGUUCAUGCAAUGAUAGACAAGUUUGUCGAGCGUGGACUUUGA